AUGGCUUUGACGAUGAGAGCGGCGGCGGCGGCUCCCCGGGGUUUGCGCCGCUUUUUCUGUUCGAACCCUAUCCCUUCUUCUCCCACUUUCCCUUUCGCUUCAAAUCCAUCUUCCGGAGCUACAUCCGCUCGACAGAUGGCGGAUCCCAACACCAACCUCUUCGUCUCUGGGCUUAGCAAACGUACAACAACGGAGAGACUGCGAGAAGAAUUUCAAAAGUUUGGUGAAGUGGUUCACGCAAGGGUGGUAACUGAUCGAGUCUCCGGUUACUCUAAGGGGUUUGGUUUUGUUCAAUAUGCCACUUUAGAAGAUGCUGCUAAAGGCAUUGAAGGCGAUGGAUGGCAAGAGUAUGCAAGACCAAGACCCCCACCUGGAGAAGCUGUAAAUAAUAUGACUAAACAGUAUGGCCGACCUUAUUAA